AUGUUUGCAAUUCUAUUUACAUUCUUUCUUUUCAAUCUCAUAUCAGCUGCCCCAAUCCCAGCUAUAAUAACAAGAUAUCAUACUGCUGCUCCCGUCACUCAGGUCGUCACACAAACAACAGGAACAACUACUGUAUGGUUACCUCCUGUCGGAAUAUAUGUUUUGGCUGAUGGAAGUUCAUCAACAAGCACAGUUUGGAGUGGUCAAUGGAAUACUUAUCCAGCUACAUUCACUUCAGUCUUGACUCCAGAUAAUGCAAACACUCAGCCAGAUGCUCAACCAACUACUGCUGCUGACACAACUCCAACCCCAGCUACUACUACUGCUGCCGCUGAAACCACUGCUAAUACUCAACCAACUAAUGAACAAAAUGGUGAGACUACUCCAGCUGCCACUACUGCUCAACCUGAAACUACAUCAACUGCAGCACCUGAACAACAAACUAAUCAACAAACUACUGAGCAAGACCAACCAACUACUGAGCAAAACCAACAAACUCAACAAACCUCAUCAACUACCUCAUCCAAUGACACACCAUCUUCAAGCUCAUCAUCAACAUCCGAAACCAGCAGUAGCAGCGAAUCGUCAGGUAGCCUUUCACCACCCUCAACAAUUGUCUACUCGCCAUAUGCAGACGAUAGAAGCUGUAAAUCAUCAGACGAAAUCAACUCUGACUUGCAAUUGAUCUACAACAAAGGAAUUAAGCAAAUAAGAUCAUACGGUACCGAUUGCGGCUCAUUGAGCACCGUUUUGUCCAAAUGUAACCAACUUGGGAUCAAAGUCAACCAAGGUGUAUGGGUUUCACAAGAUGGCGUUGAUUCGGCUGAUGAUCAAAUUGAUCAGGUUAUCGAAUAUGGUCAACAAAAUGGCUGGGAUAUCUUUAACUUAUUUACAUUCGGUAACGAAGCCAUCAAUUCGAAAUACGUUGAUGUCGAUUCAUUAAUGACAAAAUUGGAUUCAGUUAGGACCAAAAUGAGAAACGCCGGGUACAAUGGACCCGUAACCACUGCUGAACCACCAGCUACGUACAUCAAUUAUCCUCAAUUGUGCACUGACACCAGUAUGGAUAUUGUUGCCAUUAACCCCCACUCAUACUUCAAUGAAGGAAUUAGCCCCGAUAAGGCUGGUGAUUAUGUCACCACACAACAAUCACAAGUUGCCAAAUUGUGCAAGGGUAAACUGGUGUGGAUUACCGAAACGGGGUAUCCAUCACAAGGAGCAACUUUGGGGUUGAAUGUGCCUUCACCCAAAAACCAAGAAAUUGCCAUCAAGUCGAUAUUGGAUUCUACAGGUGGUGACGUUACUAUUUUGACCACGUAUAAUGAUUUUUGGAAAGACCCUGGUCCAUAUGGAAUUGAGCAAUAUUUCGGUACUAUUAAUUUGUUCAGCUAG